AUUUCUCUCUUUAACUGGGUCAGCCAUAAGCUUAAUUUUCGUUUGCAAUAUACCAAUGCUUAUUUUUAAGAACUAAACAAGAAAGGAAGCUUCGGCAAGCUUACACUUGUAAGCCAUAAAUUUGCCAAUUUUUGUCCGAUUCUUAAAUGGCAUACCUCUAAUCUGUUUGUAAUCGCAUCCUUAAUAAAACUGCAUUCAAAGUUUUCCAUUUCUUGAAGGUCGACUUUUCGUCGUCUUACACUGAGAGGCUAGUUUACAUAAAAAUAGAUUGACGAAUGGUGAUGGUAUAAAUUGUUAGACAUAGAAUUAGGCUAUUACUAGAACUCGUAGAAAAGGGGGUUUCCCUUCUAAAUCCCAUUAAUAUGCAACCCUUAGCAUUAGCGUGAUAUAUAUUUGAUUAGCUUGUGUGGGUGUGUAUCUGUGAAUGUGAAUGUGUUUCUUGUGUGUUUACCAUAGCUCUCCGGUAAAUUACAGUUGACAGUCGUUGCAUGUUUCGACUUACGAUACUCGGCAACUGCCAUUUCCAUUAAUGGCCACUCAGCCACGCCUUCAACUUGUUGAGCUAAUAUAAUUUGACGUUAUUUAUUCGGCUGGAGACACUCGAGGAGCUAUCUUCACUGGAUAAUCGGGGUUCUCAAUGCCAUAAUUACCCGGCUUAGGAGCUAUAAAAUGUAGUGCAGGAAAAAUAUCACUUUAGUAUUGCCAAAAUGUCUCGAAUUGUAGAGGCUUUCAAUAAAACAGUGGUGGAAUAUUUUCGAAAAACAAGUCUCAAUGGCUUCGGCCUGCUUUACUUUAUAAGAAGACGCCGGAUUCAGAGAAUCUUCUGGUUUCUGUUUAUUAGUUUUGGCAUACUCUUCGCUGCUUAUGCCGUGUUUGCCAUGAUUCUGGAAUUUCUCAGCUACUCAUCUAUUACAGAGCUCUCAGAAGUGCAAGUUGUAGAAGAGGAAAUGCUUUUUCCUGAGUUGAAAAUAUGCAGUGGAUAUAGGUUUAGUCGAAGGAAAAUGGUUAGAUAUGCACAGGGUUUGCUUAAUUACAACCAAAGUUCCGAAGAGUAUUGGCUGAAUGAGUUAUCAUUGCUCUCGGGUUACUUUGAUCCCUUGUCUGUUAAACCAGAGGAUGUAUUCAAUAUAAAUACUUUACUGGAUGUUCAAAAUAUUAGCCUUCUUUUGCUAACUUUAACUCCCGCCUGUGAGUCCUUAAUAAAAAGUUGUAAAGUUAAUCAAAUGCCAGUAAAUUGCUCAGAACUAUUUAUACUGAAAGCUCAUAACCAAGGAAUUUGUUGUGCCUUAAGCAAAGCGAAUCUCACGGGAGAACUUUCUCUUUUUUUGGACUCCUCGCAAGAAGAUGCAUAUCCUUUAAAGGAAAACUUUCCCGGCUUUAGCCUGCAUGUUCCGAGUUGGCUGGGCAGAAUUAGCAUUAACCCCGGCGAAGUGGCAGCAAUACAAGUGGAAGUUAUGGAGCUUCAGGGAAAUCCUCAAUUAAGAGAGUACGCCAUAGAAAAGCGAGGUUGUUAUUUUCCCCAAGAGGGCAAAAGCCGGGAAAAGUGCCUCAAUGAGUGUAAACUAAAUGCCACGCUAAUUAAUUGCCAGUGUGUGCCAUAUCCUUUCGAGUUGAGCGAGGAUAUUUUUCAGCACUGCACUUUGGAGAAUGUAACUUGUUUGCAGUUGGUGGAAAGGAAUUGGUCCCCAUCUCAGUGCGCCCAGUGUCUGCCGCUCUGCAAUGAACUGUAUUAUAGAUUAAAGAAGAAAAUCCUGGGAUAUUUGCAUCCGUGGAGAAGCGAAGUGAAUUUUAAAUACGUGACUCCACGUCGGCAGCUGUACAAAGCAAACAUUCUCUACCAUUGGUAUCAGAUGCUGUCAAACGUCGGUGGCGUUCUGGGCAUUUGCAUCGGCUGCUCCUUCAUCAGUGGCUUCGAGUUGAUCUACUUCAUGGUCUUUCGCCUAUGGUCCAACUAUCUUCGGCAGCCGGAGAUUUAAUUAAGUUAAAUGUUACUCAUACGCCGUGUGGACAGAUGCGAUGUGAUGUAUCUCGGCGACAACGUGCG